AUGGGAUGGAACCGAGGUGGCGGUCUCACAGCAUUACUAACGCGCAUCGUGAAAUCAGUGUCUGGAACCCUCGUCCCCCUCACCGUCAUCAAAGGCGCAGGCCAUGAAUUUAUCCCCCUGCCAAAAGGCGACAACGCAACCGUCGCCGACUUCCACACCAUCCGUACACAAACCCCCUCCUCACCCGCGCACCUAACAUCCGGCUUCUACAAGAUCGAAGCCGGGCCUUCGAAACCUGCCUCUUAUGACUUUGAGGAGACGAAAUAUGUUCUGAGUGGUCAGAUCGAUGUGCUGGAUGAGGCAACGGGCAUUACGCAUCAUCUUGUUGCGGGCGAUUUUGCAUUUUUUCAUGUAGGGUCCAAGGUGCAGUUUUCGACCAAGUCGAGCGGGAUGGCGUUUUAUGCUGUUACAAGGCCGGUUAGGGUGGCGCAUCUGGGGUUGGUGGGCAGGGAGGAGAAGAGUAAGUUGUAG